AUGGGUUCCGCAGCCUCCAAGCCCGUCUCGACCUCGUCGUCGUCGCAGCAGUACAACACCGAAAAGACGCCCGUGACGGUGCAGGUGGUCAGCAGCCACGUCGAGGCGACGCCGUCCCGCAGCCACCACGCCGCCGACCGCCUGGCACGCAUCCACGCAGAGGCCUCGCACCGCUCCAGCCGCUGGGCCGAACCCUCGUCGUCGUCGUCUUCUUCUUCGUCGCCGUCGUCGAACCGCGCAGAGGCCGCCAUCAGCCUCGGUGCAGUCAAGCAGUGGAACGACGUCGCCUUUAGCGCGCCCACAUCGCGCCUCGCCGCGCUCACGCUGCACAACGCCUCGAUCCCAGCCUCGGUCCGCCGCCGCUCGGCAGAGGUGGCGGACCAGCACGUCUUUAGCCACGCCAUCCCCUUUGAGUGCGCAAAGGUCACCAACCAGCACCGCAGCGGCCGAUGCUGGCUCUUUGCCACCACCAACCUCAUCCGCAACCGCGUCGCGCAGAAGCUCGACCUCGACAGCAUCGAGCUCAGCCAGUCGUACCUCAGCUUCUACGACAAGCUCGAAAAGAGCAACUACUUUCUCGAAAACAUGAUUGAACUCGCCGACCAGCCCCUCGACGACCGCGUCGUCAACUCGCUCCUCUCGGCGCCCACAAACGACGGAGGACAGUGGGACAUGGUGGCCAACCUGCUGACAAAGUACGGCGUGGUGCCGCAGUCCGUCUUCCCCGAGUCGUUCAACUCUUCCGACUCGAGCAAGAUCAACUGGCUGUGCACCGUCAAGCUGCGCGAGUACACGCUCGAGCUGCGCGCCAUCCACGACGACGUGCGGCGGCGGCUGGACCGCACCACGUCGCUCUCGGCCGAGGCCAAGCGGGCGGCGGUCGUGACGGCGCAGCGGCAGCGCAAGGACGAGCAGAUGGAGGAAAUCUACCGCAUGCUCGCCAUCGCGCUCGGCGCUCCGCCCAGGCCCGACGACGAGUUCACGUUCAGCUACCGCGACAAGGGGAAAAAGUACCACUCGGUGCGCGCGACGCCCAAGUCGUUCCUGCGCGACUACGCCGCCGGAUUCGACCACACGUCGAUGUGCUCGCUGGUCAACGACCCGCGCCACGACGAGGAGCGCCUCAUCACCGUCGACCGCCUCAACAACGUCUACGGCGGCAACCCGAUCAAGUACGUCAACACCUCGAUCGACGACAUGUCGCGCGCCGUCAUCGCCAGCAUCAAGGCGGGCGCGCCCGUGUUUUUCGGCUGCGACGUCGGCCAGUUUUCCCACACGCCGUCGGGCAUCAUGGACCCGGCGCUGUACGACUACGAGCUGGCGUUCAACGUCAAGCUGGGCCUGUCCAAGGCGCAGCGCAUCGAGCUCGGCGAGAGCGCAAUGACGCACGCCAUGACCAUCACGGCCGUCCACGUCGACGACGACGGCCGCGCCGUCCGCUACCGCGUCGAAAACUCUUGGGGCGACCAAGACGUCGGCGAAAAGGGUUACAUGGUCAUGACCCAUGCCUGGUUUGCCCAGUUUGCCUACCAGGUCGUCACCGACCGCCGCUUUAUGCCAAAGCGGCUCUGGGCCCUCUUUGAGCGCGGCAUCGUCGAGGGCGAGACCAUCGUCCUGCCGCCCUACGACCCCAUGGGCGCGCUCGCCUGA